AGGCAUCGGUGUCCCGAUUAGGCAAAUCCCCCUUCAGUUUGGCUUCCAAUCCCAUCGACCCAUCGAGGCGUCGGCGGCGCAAAGUCCCUGUGUUAGAGCGCGGCCGUGAGGGAAGGAAAACAAUCCGCUGCCGUCCCGUCUGUAAUCUGCGGCGAUAAAAGCGCGACCCCCGCCGCCACUUCAGUCGCGGCAUCAUAUGGAGUCUUCGUUAGCCAGAUCAGAAGCAAAUCCGGACGAGGAAGGACCAGGCUCGGCGGAAAGCAGCGGCGGCGGCGGCAGCAAGGUGUACCACGAAAGGCAGAGGAUGCAGUUCUGUCUCCUCCACGCCCUCAACAACCUUAUGCAGGAAAAGGAAUCUUUCACCCGAGCUGACUUGGAUGGUAUUUCUGAAAAUCUUGCUCUUACCGACCCAAACAAGGACAAAUGGACUCCCCUAUCGUUGAUUUGGAAGCCCCACCACAAUGCAUUAACCGGGAACUACGAUGUAAAUGUACUUAUCGCGGCGUUAGAAGCAAGAAAGAAGAAGGUAGUCUGGCAUGAUCACCGGAAGGGUGCAUCUUCGAUAGAUCUGGAUGCAGAAGCGCUGGCAGGUCUUAUGAUCAAUGUACCUGUCAGGAGGUUUAGGGGGCUCUGGUCAGGCAGGCAUUGGGUGGCAAUUCGAAGCGUUGAUGGUGUCUGGUUUAAUUUGGACAGUGAUUUAUCCUCAGCCAAGCAGUUUCAGGGCAAAGAAGAACUAAUUGUGUUUCUGGACAGUGUCCUUAGUCAAGGCGGAGAACUCAUGAUUGUGCUGCAGGAUGAAUGAUUGCACUGCUCCUAAUCUCAUGAGGCUACAUCAAGUAGCUUCUCCCUCGCAAAGUGCCAUGUAGCCCAUAUUUCUGAAUUGACAAUUAGAUCACAUGCGUCUGCAACACAGCAACAGUUGCUUCUCUAUCUCGGUGAGAAACACGGGCAGGGCCUGUAGGAGUGCAGGUACAUGGAAUGUUCAGUUUGCUCUUGGCAUGAUCCAUUGACGUGUAUAUCUCAAAUGUCAACGAGUUGUGUAUAGAGGCAUAGCACAUACUUGGCAAUUAGUGUGUUACUUGUGUAUGAAAAAACUUUCUCUCUUCGCUGAGGGCAUUGUCAAUCGUGUAUGAGGAACCCCUCCCUUUUUCUUGAGAUUGUGUAUGCAGACCUUAGGAAAUGAGAAUCUGCUGCAGCAGUGUAUAUGCCCAGUGGAACACCAUUUUCUGAGCAUUGAUUCAGAGUAUACAUUUGAACUAUUUGGUGCAAUUUA